AUGUCUGCUCGUCCCCAGAACAUCGGUAUCAAAGCCAUUGAGGUCUAUUUCCCUAGUCAGUGUGUUGACCAGGCGGAAUUGGAGAAGUUCGAUGGCGUCAGUGAAGGGAAAUACACAAUUGGUCUCGGACAGACCAAGAUGAGCUUUUGUGAUGACCGUGAGGACAUCUACUCCAUGGCUCUGACUACCCUUUCAUCCCUUUUACGCAAGUACAAUAUCGAUACCAACUCCAUUGGCCGCUUGGAAGUUGGUACUGAGACCCUGUUGGACAAGUCCAAGUCUGUCAAAUCGGUUUUGAUGCAGCUUCUCGGUGACAACACCAACGUGGAGGGCGUGGACACGGUCAAUGCCUGCUACGGAGGUACCAAUGCAGUUUUCAACAGCAUCAACUGGGUGGAAUCCUCGGCCUGGGACGGCAGGGACGCCGUCGUUGUCUGCGGUGAUAUUGCUUUGUACGCUAAGGGCAAUGCUCGCCCCACGGGUGGUGCUGGCUGCGUUGCCAUGCUGAUUGGCCCGGACGCUCCCAUCGUGUUCGAGCCCGGCCUCCGUGGCAGCUACAUCACCCAUGCGUACGAUUUCUUCAAGCCUGACCUCUCCAGCGAGUACCCCGUCGUCGACGGCCAUUUCUCUCUCAAGUGCUAUACGGAAGCGGUGGAUGCUUGCUACAAGGCGUACGGGACCCGUGAGAAGUCCUUGAAGGAGAAGACCCAGAAUGGCACCAAUGGUACCGUUCAGGACGAAUCUGCCACUCCCUUGGAUCGAUUUGAUUACAUCUUGUUCCACGCCCCCACAUGCAAGCUGGUGCAGAAGUCCUACGGCCGGAUGUUGUACAACGACUAUCUCGCGAAUCCCACCCACCCAGCUUUCGCCGAGGUUGCGCCGGAGCUGCGUGAUUUGGACUACGACAAGUCCCUAACGGACAAGAGUGUGGAGAAGACUUUCAUGGGCUUGACUAAGAAGCGUUUUGCCGAGCGUGUGCGGCCAAGCCUUGACGUGGCCACUCUCUGUGGUAACAUGUACACUGCUACCGUCUAUGCGGGUCUGGCCAGCUUGCUCUCCAACAUUUCCUUCGACCCGAGCCAGCCCAAACGUAUUGGAUUCUUCUCCUAUGGCAGUGGUCUUGCUGCUUCCAUGUACAGUGCGAAGAUUGUCGGUGAUGUGUCUUACAUGGUUGAGAAGCUCAACCUCCACAAGCGUCUCGACGCUAGAACCGUUCUGCCUCCUCAGGGCUAUGAUGAUAUGUGCAUUCUUCGUGAGCAUGCACACUUGAAGAAGAACUUCAAGCCCUCUGGUAACACGGAGACGAUUCUCCCCAACACCUACUUCCUAACUGAAGUGGAUGACAUGUUCCGACGCAAAUAUGACAUCAAGGCGUAA